GGUUGCGAAGUGCUAAACAUCCGGUCUUGUAAAUUAUCAUUGCAGUUUUAUUUGGAACUCUUUCUCAAUCUCUAUCUAAAAUCAGUUUGCUUGCAUCUGUUUGAUCAAUCAAUCGCCUGUCACAAACAAAAACCCCUAACGAAAACCCUAGCUAGGAAUUCUGAUCCUCGCCAUUUUGAUAUUCACUUGAAUUCCCAUCACCCUGUGUGUGCCGUUUUACAUCUGAAUUUUGAGGCUCCCGAUCUAAUUUUACUUCGCUUCAAUUCACUUUUGACUGCCGCCAACAUUUAUCCAUCAAUCGUAUCACUGAAUUCGGUCGGUUCUCUCUGAGAAUCGAUCGAUUAUCCUGUACAUCCUUCAUUCCUGCCAUGGUCUGAAUUGAUUCACUCAGAAAAUGAAGUUGAAGAGGAGGAGGUCUUCAGAAGUGCCUCCAAAAAUCAGAUUCUUCAUCAGCAGCGUCACUGAUACACCACUUGAAAAUAUAGAAAGCCCAUUGAAAUGUUUCACUUGGGAGUAUGAUAAGGGAGAUUUUCAUCACUGGGUUGAUCUUUUUAAUCAUUUUGAUGCAUUUUUUGAGACCUGCAUAAAACCAAGGAAGGACUUGCAGCUUGAGGAUAACUUUUUAAGUGCUGAUCCUCCCUUCCCAAGAAAUGCCAUCCUUCAGAUUCUUCGUGUUACUAGGACAAUUUUGGAAAACUGUACAAAUAAGCACUUUUGCAGUUCGUUCGAGAACCAUCUUUCUUCUCUACUUGCCUCCAUCGAUGCUGAUGUAGUUGAAGCAUGCCUGCAAACUUUGGCUGCAUUUGUAAAGAAAACAAUGGGGAAGUACAUCAUUAGAGACAGUUCCCUCAAUUCAAAGUUGUUUGCAUUUGCACAAGGUUGGGGUGGUAAGGAAGAAGGUCUUGGGUUAAUCGCAUGUGCUGUAGAGGAUAUAACUAAUCAAAAUGCUAAUGAACUUGGUUCCACUCUACAUUUCGAGUUCUAUGCAUCAAAUGAGUUCUCAAAUGAAACUAUAUCCUUGGAUAGUCAAGGUUUACAAAUAAUUCAUCUGCCCUACAGUAAUUCUUUCAAAGAGUCUGAUCUGGAGCUUUUGAGUAAGUUAGUUAUAGAACACAAAGUACCUGCAAAUUUAAGAUUUUCUCUUUUGACAAGAUUGCGAUUUGCACGGGCUUUUUCUUCCUUAUCUGCUAGAAGACAGUACACAUGCAUUCGUCUUUACGCUUUCAUGGUUCUCGUUCAAGCGGGCAGCGACACAGAUGACUUGGUGUCCUUUUUCAAUACUGAGCCUGAAUUCAUUGAUGAAUUGGUGUCUUUACUGAGCUAUGAAGACGCUGCUCCUGAGAAAAUCCGCAUUUUAUGCCUACACUCGUUAGUUGCUCUUUGCCAUGAUCGAUCACGACAGCCUGGUGUGUUGAUGGCUGUAACAUCUGGAGGGCACCGCGGCAUCUUGUCCAGCCUCAUGCAGAAGGCCAUUGAUUCUGUUGUAUCUAGUUCUGCAAAGUGGCCUGUUGUCUUUGCUGAGGCUUUAUUAUCUCUGGUCUCGGCAUUGGUGUCAUCAUCUUCAGGUUGCUCAGCCAUGCGUGAGGCGGGAUUUAUACCUACUCUUUUACCACUGCUUAAAGAUUCUGAACCCCAGCAUUUGCAUUUAGUCAGCAUGGCUGUGCAUGUCCUAGAAGCAUUUAUGGAUUAUAGUAACCCAGCAGCUGCCCUUUUCAGAGACUUGGGAGGCUUAGAUGAUACAAUAUACCGCUUAAAUGUCGAAGUCAGUUGCAUAGGAAAUGGUUUGAACCUGCACAAUAAUUCCAAUGAGCUGGAUACUGCUGAAUGCAGCCGUACACAGUUAAUUGAAUUUAUACCUGCUGAUCUAGACGACGAUAUGCAUCACCCCCUUUAUUCUGAAGCAUUAGUUCCAUAUAACAGGAGGUUACUUAUGAAAGCAUUGCUGCGUGCUAUAUCCUUGGGAACCUACGCUCCCGGAAGCACUGAUCGCAUUUAUGGUUCUGAGGAGAGUUUAUUGCCAAGUGCUCUAUGCUGUAUUUUUAAAAGAGCAAAGGAUUUUGGUGGAGGGGUCUUCUCACUUGCAGCAACAGUUAUGAGUGAUCUAAUCCACAAAGAUCCCACUUGUUUCUCCGUCCUCGAGGCAGCUGGCGUUCCAUCUGCAUUCAUGGAUUCUAUAUUAGACGGGGUCCUGUGUUCUGCAGAAGCCAUUAUAUGCAUUCCACAGUGUUUGGAUGCAUUAUGUCUGAACAACAACGGACUUCAGACUGUGAAAGAUCGCAAUGCUUUGAAGUGCUUUGUGAAAAUAUUUACUUCUCAGAAUUAUCUACGUGCUCUAACGGGUGACACUCCUGGAUCCUUAUCUAGUGGUCUUGAUGAACUUAUGCGCCAUGCUUCUUCAUUGCGUGGACCUGGAGUAGACAUGUUGCUUGAGAUUUUAAGUACCAUUGUCAAGAUUGGAGCUGAAGUUCAGACUGCAUCUUCACCAAGUUAUGUUCAAGCCUAUUCCUCACCUGUUCCCAUGGAAACUGAUGCUGAAGAUAGGAGUCCAGUAAGCACAGAUCAUAAGGAGUUGUACAAGGCUGAAAAGUCUGAGCAGAAUGCUGCUUCUUCAUCCGAUACCCCAUUAGCAAGUGUGGAGGCAUACAUUACAGACUAUUUAACCAAUGCAGCUCGUCUUCUUGAAACUUUGCUUCAAAAUGCUGAUACUUGCAGGAUAUUUGUUGAAAAGAAAGGGAUCGAAGCAGUUCUACAGUUAUUUGUUUUGCCAUUGAUUUCUCUUCCUAUUUCUGUUGGUCAGAUUGUAUCUGUAGCUUUUAAGAACUUCUCUGGACAGCAUUCUGCUUCCUUGGCCCGAGCUGUAUGUUCAUUUUUGAGAGAACACCUGAAGUCAACCAAUGAACUUUUGGAUUCUGUGGAGGGGACACAGUUUUCUCAGCUGGAAGCUUCAAGACAAUCAAAGGUCUUAAGGUGUCUUUGCAGUCUUGAAAGUGUCUUGUCUCUUUCAAAUUGUUUGUUGAAAGGGGGUGGCACUGUGGUCUCUGAGCUGGGCACUGCAGAUGCUGAUGUGUUGAAGGAUAUGGGACGAGUUUACAGGGAAAUACUCUGGCAGGUUUCUCUGAUUUCUGAUUCCAAGGUGGAUGGGAAGCAAACAGUAGAGGUAGAUGCUGAAAAUGCAGAUGGAUCUGGAACUAAUGCUUCUGGCAGAGAGAGCGAUGAUGAUACAAAUAUUCCAAUGGUUCGAUAUACACAUCCUGUUUCAGUUCGGAGUUCUUCUCAACCCAAUUGGGGUACCCAACGUGAAUUUCUCUCAGUGAUUAGAUCCAGUGAUGGUUUUAGCCGCCGAGGUCGACAUGGUUUAAGGAUUCGUGGUGGAAGGACAGGUAGGCAUCUGGAGAAUAUGAGCAUUGAUCCUGAUAUAUCAGCUGGUUCUCUUGAUAAUUCUUCCCAUGAUAUCAAGAAGAAAAGUCCAGAUGUUCUUGUUUCAGAAAGCCUGAAGAAACUAGCUUCCACUUUACGGUCCUUCUUUGCAGCACUUGUUAAGGGUUUUACAUCUCCCAACCGUAGGAGAACCGAGUCUGGCUCUCUUAGCAUAGCUUCAAAGAGCAUUGGAUCUGCUUUGGCUAAAAUAUUUCUGGAGGCUUUUAGUUUUUCAGGAUAUUCUAGAUCCUCUGGGCCAGAGAUGUCUCUAUCAGUUAAAUGUCGUUAUCUUGGGAAGGUUGUGGAUGAUAUGGCUGCCGUUACAUUUGACCAUAGGCGGCGUACUUGUUAUACAGGCAUGGUAAAUAACUUUUAUGUUCAUGGAACCUUUAAGGAGCUCCUCACCACCUUUGAAGCCACUAGUCAGUUGUUAUGGACUUUACCUUAUUCAAUUCCAACAGCUGGUGUUGUUGAGACAGAAAAAUCUGGAGAAGGGAGUACAUUAUCUCAUAAUUCGUGGCUUUUUGAUACAUUACAGAGCUACUGCUGCUUGCUCGACUAUUUUGUCAAUUCUACUCUACUUUUGUCUCCGUCCCAGGCUCAGCUACUUGUCCAACCUAUCGCAGUUGGUUUGUCAAUUGGAUUGUUUCCUGUCCCAAGGGAUCCUGAAGUUUUUGUCCGCAUGCUCCAGUCUCAAGUUCUAGAUGUGAUACUUCCUGUCUGGAACCAUCCUAUGUUCCCCAGCUGCCAUACAAAAUUUAUCACAUUAAUAGUUUCUCUUGUUACUCAUAUUUACUCUGGUGUUGGAGAUGUGAAGCGAAACCGCUCUAGUUCAACAGGUACAAACCAACGAUACGUUCCUCCACCCCUUGAUGAAGCUACUAUAGUAACUAUAGUGGAAAUGGGUUUUACAAGGGCAAGGGCCGAGGAAGCAUUACGACGUGUAGAGACAAAUAGUGUAGAGAUGGCUAUGGAGUGGCUGUUUAGUCAUGCGGAAGAUCCACUUCAGGAGGAUGAUGAACUGGCUAGGGCACUUGCAUUAUCACUGGGAAGUUCAUCAGAAACCUCUAAAGUGGAAAGCAUUGAUAAACCAGCAGAUGUACUAUCAGAGGAAUGCCAAAUAAAGUUACCUCCUGUUGAUGAUGUCCUUGCUGCGACAGUUAAAUUAUUUAGCAGUGGGGACUGUUUGGCGUUUCCAUUAACAGACUUGCUUGUGACCUUGUGUAAUUGGAAUAAAGGAGAGGAACGGCCCAAGGUGACAUCUUAUCUUAUUCAACAGCUUAAGCUCUGUCACAUUGAUUUCACAAAUGAUGCAAGUGUAUUGAGCAUGGUCACACAUGUCUUGGCUUUGCUUCUUUCAGAAGAUGGAUGCACAAGAGGGCUAGCUGCAAAUAGUGGUAUAGUAUGUACAUCAAUAGAUAUCUUGGUGCAUUACAAGGCUAAAGCUGAUUUAGUGAAUGAGGGUCUAGCUCCAAAAUGCAUAAGUACUAUACUCCUUAUAUUGGACAACUUAUUACAGAUUAGGCCUGGAGUUUCAAUUGAUAGUGGUGAAGGAGGGAUUUUCCCAUAUUCGUCUGGAGAGAAGGCUACUAGAUUAGUUCCAGAGGGAAUCAAGGAGUUAAAACCAACUUCAGAAGCCCAUCAGAAAGAUUCUGAAAGUGCAUUUGAGAAAGUCUUUGGAAAAUCUACAGGGUAUUUGACAACUGAAGAGAGCUACAAGGUUCUGGAUAUUGUUUGUGACCUCAUAAAACAGAAAGUUCCAGCAAUUACCAUGCAAGCAGUUUUGCAGCUUUGUGCCCGCUUGACAAAAGUACAUUCUUUAGCCUUGCAGUUCCUCGAGUGUGGAGGCAUGAUUGCACUUUUGAAUCUUCCAAGGACCUGUUUCUUUCCUGGGUAUGACAUGUUGGCUUCUUCCAUUAUUCGCCAUCUUCUUGAAGAUCCCCAAACACUGCAAACAGCUAUGGAAAUGGAGAUACGGCAAACUCUUGGUGGAAAUCGUCAAGGCAGCCGUGUUACUCCAAGAACAUUUUUGACAUCGAUGGCACCUGUUAUCUCUAGGGAUCCAGACACCUUUUUAAAAGCUGCAGCUGCUGUAUGUCAUUUGGAAUCAUCUGGAGGUAGGACCAUUGUGGUGCUCUCAAAAGAGAGGGAGAAAGAAAGGGAUAAACCAAAAGGACCUGGUGUUGAAAUUGGUUCAUGCUUGAAUGAAAGUGGAAAAACUCUGGAUGGUAAGGUUAUUGAUACACCAAAUAAGUGUUCCAAAGGCCACAAAAAGAUUCCUACAAAUCUUAUUCAGGUAAUUGAUCAUCUUCUUGAAACUGCAUUGAGAUAUCCUUCACCUAACUGCAGUGAAGACUUGACUAGUAGCUCUGUUGCUAUGGAAGUAGAUGAACCUGCCACUAAGAUGAAGGGGAAGUCAAAGGUAGGGGACACCAAAAACAUUUUGUCAGACAACAUAUCAGAGAAGUCAGCAGCUCUUGCGAAGGUGACUUUUGUUCUAAAGAUAUUGAGCGAUAUUCUUCUCAUGUAUGUCCAUGCUGUUGGUGUUGUAUUAAAACGUGAUUCAGAAUUGUGUCAAGUGCGAGGAGAUAAUAUUUUUGAAAGUCCUGGACAUGGGUUUCUUCAUCAUGUUUUGCAUCACUUUCUCCCCUUGUCUACAGUUAGAAUUGCUGGAACUGAUGAAUGGAGAAGCAAGUUAUCUGAGAAAGCUUCCUGGUUUCUGGUUGUUCUUUGUGGCCGGUCAAAUGAAGGGCGUAGACGAGUAAUUAAUGAACUUGUGAAAGCUUUAUCAUCUUUUUCAAACACGGAGAGCAGUUCUGAUAAGAGCAUCUUGUUGCCCAAUAAAAAGGUUCUUUCUUUUGUGGACUUGUUGUAUUCGAUCUUAUCUAAGAACUCUUCUUCAAGUAGCUUACCUGGUACUGGGUGCUCUCCUGACAUUGCAAGAAGUAUGAUAGAUGGUGGCAUAAUUCAUUCUCUCACCAGCAUCCUAAAGUUGGUUGAUUUGGAUCAUCCUGAUGCUCCCAAACUUGUUAAUCUUGUACUUAAGGCUAUGGAGAAUUUAACACGAGUGGCCAAUGCUACCAAUCAAGAAUCCAAGCCUGAUGAACACGACAAAAAGAAGUCAAGUGUCUCAAAUGGAAGGUCUGAUGAUCAUGUAACAACAGAAAUGGUCACUGGGAUUCUGGAACCUGGAUCAGACAUAAAUCAACAAGAAAGUAUUGAUGCUGUGGUUGCUCAACACUCCCAGCAAAUAAUAUCUCAAAGUCAAGAUGAUCAUGAUGGCACUGGCAACAUGCCCUUAGAGCAAGAGAACGGGGAAGAGACUAUGGCUCCCAAUCAAUCUAUGGAUAUAGGAAUGGAUUUCAUUCAUGAUGAAAUUGAAGGUCACAUGCUACAUAACUCGAACCAAAUUGAAAUGAGCUUUCGAGUUGAGAACAGAGCAGAUGAUGAAAUGGGUGAUGAAGAUGAUGACAUGGGGGAUGAUGGUGAAGAUGAUGAGGAUGAUGAUGAAGGGGAUGAUGAUGAAGAUAUAGCAGAAGAUGGUAAUGCUCUGAUGUCUCUAGCUGAUACAGAUGUGGAGGAUCAUGAUGAUACUGCUCUAGGAGAUGAAUACACUGAUGACAUGAUGGAUGAAGAGGAUGAUGAUUUUCAUGAAAAUCGUGUUAUAGAGGUUAGGUGGAGGGAAGCCCUUGACGGAUUAGAUCAUUUGCAUGUUCUUGGGCAACCUGGAUCAACAAGUGGUCUUAUAGAUGUUGCGGCUGAGCCUUUUGAAGGGGUCAAUAUGGACGACCUUUUUGGUCUUCGCAGACCGUUAGGCUUUGAGCGCCGCCGCCAACCAAGUCGGAGUUCAUUUGAGCGAUCUAUUACUGAAGGAACCGUUCUUCAACAUCCACUUCUCUCGAGGCCGCCUCCAUCCCAUACAGGAGAUUUCUAUUCAGUAUUAUCAACUGGUGGUAAUCCAUCCAGUAAUGUGGAGUCCUCUGCUGGGAGCUUUGACACUCAUUUCUACAUGUUUGAUGCCCCUGUCCUCCCCCAUGAUCAUAUGCCAGCUAGUUUGUUUGGUGAUCGGUUACGCACUUCUGCACCACCACCAUUGGCUGAUUUUUCUGUAGGCUUAGAAUCGUUGCGAUUGUCUAGCAGAAGAGGACCAGGUGAUGGUAGAUGGACGGAUGAUGGCAUGCCCCAAGCAGGUGGCAUAGCUGCGGCUAUUGCACAGGCAGCAGAGGAACAGUUCAUAUCUCAGUUGCGCAGCAUUGCACCUGACUAUAGCACAAGGGAAAGACAGUCUCAGAAUUCGGGACAGCUUGCAGUGCAGCCAUCCGAUGAUCCCGUGAGUAAUGAUAGCCGAAUGGCAGUAGCUAUUGAUAACACUGCCAGUGAGCAAACAGAUAGUUUGCAAGAAGAAAGUGGUGCUGAAACAACUAAUGUUGGAGCCAAUCAAAUAUUUGGAAGUACUUCAGAACAAAUAAGAUCACAUACUGCUGAUGCAGAUACUCUACUGGUGAGUGAGCCUGUUUCAAGUAGUGCAGUGGCAGAGAAUAGUACAAAUGAUGAUCAUGCUUCUAUGGAGAUUGGUGAAGGAAAUGAUCUCAUCAGUGAACAGACUUUAGAUUGUGAAAGACCUUCAGGAGCAGCUAUCAUUUCCAAUGAUCAAUUGAUUGUUUCAGGUGUUGAGAUUCCUUUUCCAGUUGAUUGUCAGAAUGCAUCAGCUGGUGGGAGUCAUGAUGUUGUUAUGAAUAAUGCUGCUGGGGAAGGAAUCCUAAUUGAACAAAUAUUGUCUUCUGAUGUUGGUGCUGAACCUUCACCAGAGCAAAACAAUUUUGCUACUCAGGAUGGAGUUCUGAUUGACCAAGCUGGCUUGAACGGUGAAAUUCCUAGUGCAAAUGGUAUAGAUCCUACUUUCUUGGAGGCUCUUCCUGAAGAUUUGCGAGCAGAAGUUCUUGCGUCCCAGCAAGCUCAGUCUGCUCAAGCUCCUACUUACGCUCCACCAUCUGUGGAUGAUAUUGAUCCAGAGUUCUUAGCCGCUCUGCCUCUUGAUAUUCAAGCAGAAGUUUUAGCCCAACAACGAGCUCAGAGAGUUGCUCAGCAAGCUGAAGGACAGCCUGUUGACAUGGACAAUGCUUCAAUCAUAGCUACUUUUCCUACUGAUCUACGUGAAGAGGUUCUUUUGACUAGUUCAGAUGCAGUUUUGUCAGCAUUGCCUUCUCCAUUGCUUGCUGAAGCACAAAUUCUUAGGGAUAGAGCAAUGAGUCAUUAUCAGGCUCGUAGCCUUUUUGGAAGUAGCCACAGACUUAAUGCUCGAAGAAAUGGUUUUGGGUUUGAUAGACAAGCUGUGAUAGACAGAGGUGUUGGCGUAACAAUAGGGCGGAGGGCAUCUACUUCUUUUACAGAGAGCUUGAAAUUGAAGGAAAUCGAGGGGGAACCACUGUUAGAUGCAAAUGCAUUAAAAGCAUUGAUUCGCCUUCUAAGAUUAGCACAGCCUCUUGGAAAAGGUCUUCUUCAGAGACUACUGUUAAAUUUAUGCGCACAUAGCAUCACAAGAUCAACUCUGGUUUGGCUUUUACUUGACAUAAUCAAACCUGAACAAGGAUGCACAGUUGAUGGAUUAAUAACAGUUAAUUCUCAGAGACUUUAUGGUUGUCAGUCAAAUGUUGUGUAUGGUCUAUCUCAGCUGGUGGAUGGCGUCCCUCCAUUGGUCAUGCGCAGGAUUCUGGAAAUAUUGACAUAUCUUGCCACAAAUCAUUCUGCUGUUGCAAAUAUACUGUUCCAUUUUGACUGCCCAGUUAUCCCAGAAUAUUCAACUUCAAAGCAGUCAGAUAAAGGGAAGGAAAAAAUUGUGGAAACUGGAGAUGUACCUGGUUUUAUGGAGAACCUUAGGGCAGAUAGCCCUUUAGCAUUGUUCCUGAAACUCCUGAAUCAACCACUUUUCUUGCACAGUACUGCUCACCUAGAACAAGUCAUGGUUCUGGUUCAAGUUGUGGUAUCAACUGCAGCAUCAAAGUUGCAUAGCCAGUUUCAAUCAGAAACUGAUGCAGAAACUUCACAGACUCGUCCUGUAAAAGAAGACUCAAAAGAUAUCAAGAAUGACACUUCUGUACCGCAAAACAUAUCUAAUCAAGAUGACAAAAUUGUCGGGGCUGAUGCAGCCACAUCUAGUGGAAAGAGUGUCCCCAGUAUACAUGAUAUCUUCUUGCAGCUGCCAUCAAGUGAUCUUCGCAAUCUGAGCAAUCUUCUUGGCUAUGAAGGGCUCUCUGACAAAGUUUAUUCCUUAGCUGGUGAGGUGUUGAAGAAGUUGGCAUUAAUUGCUUCUCAUCAUAGGAAACUCUUCAUUUCCGAGUUAUCAGAGCUGGCUCGUAGUUUGAGUACUUCUGCUUCCAAUGAGCUUAUAACACUGAGGAAUACACAUAUGCUGGGUUUGAGUGCUGGAUCCAUGGCUGGACCUGCUAUUCUCCGUGUGCUGCAGACACUCUCCUCACUUACUUUGCCAAGUAUUGUGAGGAAUGAGAGCAUUGAAAUUGAUGCCUCCCUGGACGAGAACACAAUUAUAUGUAAUUUGAAUAUUUCUCUGGAGCCUCUAUGGAAUGAACUAAGUGACUGUGUAUCCACUACUGAGGCAGAGCUGGCCCAGAGCUCCUUCUCUUCAACUAUGUCAAAUACAAACAUUGGCGAACAUGUCCAGGGCUCCUCGUCCUUGUCUCCACCACUUCCUCCUGGAACUCAGAGAAUUUUGCCUUUCAUUGAGGCUUUCUUUGUUCUUUGUGAAAAACUCCAGUCUAAUAAUUCAUUAGUGCAGCAAGAUCUUGCCAAUGUGACCGCAAGAGAAGUCAAAGAAUUUGCUAAGACUUAUGUGCCAUCACCAACCAGAUCUGGUGGUGAAUCUCAGAGGAGGCUAGAUGGUGCUGUUACUUUUGCCAAGUUUGCUGAGAAACAUCGCCGACUAUUAAAUGCAUUUGUGAGGCAGAACCCAAGUUUAUUGGAGAAGUCGCUUUCUAUGAUGCUGAAGGCACCGAGACUGAUUGAUUUUGACAAUAAAAGAGCAUAUUUCCGCUCUAGAAUCAGACAACAACAUGAGCAGCAUCUCUCUGCUCCUCUAAGAAUAAGUGUUAGGCGAGCUUAUGUCUUGGAAGACUCUUAUAAUCAAUUGCGGAUGCGACCUACUCAGGAUCUCAGAGGACGGUUGAAUGUGCAUUUUCAGGGUGAGGAGGGUAUUGAUGCUGGCGGGUUGACUAGGGAAUGGUAUCAAUUGUUGUCAAGGGUCAUAUUUGAUAGAGGAGCAUUGUUAUUCACCACUGUGGGAAAUAAUGCCACUUUCCAACCAAAUCCCAAUUCAGUCUACCAGACUGAGCAUUUAUCCUACUUCAAAUUUGUUGGUCGUGUGGUUGCGAAAGCCCUAUUUGAUGGCCAAUUGUUGGACGUUCACUUUACUCGAUCCUUCUACAAGCACAUUCUUGGGGUGAAGGUGACUUACCAUGAUAUUGAAGCUGUUGAUCCCGAUUACUAUAAGAACUUGAAGUGGAUGCUUGAGAAUGAUGUGAGCGAAGUACCUGAUCUUACAUUCAGCAUGGAUGCUGAUGAAGAAAAACACAUUCUGUAUGAGAAAACAGAGGUUACUGAUUAUGAGCUCAAACCUGGGGGGAGAAGUAUAAGGGUGACUGAAGAAACAAAACAUGAAUAUGUUGACCUCGUUGCUGAUCAUAUCCUGACAAAUGCUAUCCGCCCUCAAAUAACUUCUUUCCUGAAUGGUUUCAAUGAGCUGAUACCAAGAGAACUGAUAUCCAUUUUUAAUGACAAAGAGUUGGAGCUUUUAAUUAGUGGUCUUCCAGAAAUUGAUCUUGAGGAUUUAAGGGAAAACACUGAAUACACUGGGUACAGUGCAGCAUCUACUGUUGUUCAAUGGUUUUGGGAAGUUGUGAUAACUUUUAACAAGGAAGAUAUGGCUAGAUUACUGCAGUUUGUGACUGGAACAUCAAAGGUUCCUUUGGAGGGUUUUAGGGCACUGCAAGGUAUUUCUGGCCCACAGCGGUUUCAGAUCCACAAAGCUUAUGGUGCUCCAGAGAGGCUUCCAUCAGCUCAUACUUGUUUCAACCAAUUGGACCUUCCAGAAUAUGCUUCUAAGGAUCAACUACUAGAACGUUUGCUUUUAGCCAUUCAUGAAGCCGAAGGGUUUGGUUUUGGCUAAGACUGGUCCACUUUCUGCACCCCAUCACCUUGGUGCGUCUUCCUGCAUCAUCCCUUCCUGGCACACCUUCAUCUACAUUUCAGUUCACAUGUAAAAGAAAGAGAGAGAGAGAGAGAGAGAGGUAUUGUCCCGAGAGUUAUGACUUGGGAAACAAACAAAUGGGGGCAGAUAUCUGAAAUUUGAUUGACGCCUUCAAAUUAUAUGUUGGUUGAUGGGUAGAAUGGAGAAAGGGAAGCAGCAUGCAUCAUCAGCUGCUGGACAGUUCUUUUUCUUCUUCUUUUUUUUUCUUUUUCUUUUGUAGAUAAAUAAUAAUGUUCUUUCUUCUUCAAACAAAUUUCAGUUACAUUUGUCAAAAUCUAAUAAUUUAUUUGGGAGGGGAGGAGGAGGAGGCUUUUAGCCUUAAAUGGAAUACAUGUUUUUAUGUUGU